AUGUUAAAAAAAACCUACGGAGAAUCAUGUAUGUCCAAAACGCGAACAUAUGAAUGGUACAAAUCAUUUAAAGAGGGCCGUACCGUAGCCGAGGAUCUACCUCGCUCUGGGCGCCCGUCCACAUCAACUAACGACGAAAAUGUAGAAAAAGCGAAGAAAAUGGUACUUCAAAAUUGUCGUGUGAGCGAGAAAGAGAUAGCUGCUGAUCUUGGCAUUUCCACCGGAUCUGCACGUACCAUUUUAACCGAUGUUUUGGGCAUGCGACGCGUUUCUACUCGAUUUGUGCCAAAGCUGUUGACCUUCAUGCAAAAGGAACAACGCAAAGCUAUUGCAGAGGAUAUGAUAUUUCAAUCUUCUGAAGACACGACAUUCAUUCAGCGAAUAAUAACGGGUGAUAAGAUGUGGGUGUAUGAAUAUGAUAUUGAUACAAAUGAGCAAUCAACGGAUUGGUUAUUUGAAAGUGGGCCAAUAAGCAAGAAACCACGACAAAGUCGUACAAAACCACCAGGCGAAAAACGUGAGCGUGCUGAGCGGCCACGAAAAGAACACGCUGAAAAGGAACAGGAGCGAAUUGAUAUUGAACGCGAUGUUACCACAGAUGAAAAUAGUUUAUAUUUUAUAGUCCGCCAUUCCAAGGCAGCAAUAGCCGUAAGUGUACUGUGUGAUAUGUAG